AUGAGCCGGUUGUUGAGAAGCACCAAAGGCUGCUGGACAUGUCGUCUCCGCCGCAAAAAGUGCGAUGAACGACAUCCAGUAUGCCAGCUAUGCCACACGUUGGCAAUCCCCUGCUAUGGCUACGGGCCAAAACCGGACUGGAUGGAUGGUGGGGAUGUUGAAAAAUCCCAGAUUGAGAGCCUCAAGCAGACUGUGAGGUACACAUCGAGACAACGUGACAGAGCCAGAUCUCAGCAAUUGCGUUCUCAGAACCAAGCUAUUCCAUCGUCAAGCUCGCAGGUGGAUUCGGUCAAUAGCACGUCGAAUGAUAUCGUAGAUGUAGCCAGUUCAGAUUCACAAAAGGAAGAUUCACCACCAUCAGAACCUUCCUUUCCUUUACUUCAUACCACGAUAACCCCUCAAGACCAGACAAACCCCAUGCUCUUCAUGGGAGAUUUAUCGCUCUCCGAUACAAGACUUUUGAUGCAUUUCGUGGACCAUGUUUACCCACUACAACUUCCUAUCAGCCAGACAUCCGUUAUUCGGAAUGACCGCCACUGGCUUCUGCCAAUCAUAAUGCACAUAAGGCCGUUCUAUCACUCGGUUCUCGGGUUGACUGCCCUUCAUCAAGGGCUUCUCACGUCUCAGUCAACUGAUGAAGAGAGGAAACAUCGUGUGCUUAGAUAUGCGCAGAAACACCACUCUCUAUGCCUUCGAGAUCUGCAAGUGGCGAUACAACUUUUUGGGCCUUACAGGACGAAAGGGUCCGAGUGUCCUAAGGGAGGUGUUGGGGUUCUUGCCUGUGUUAUUCAGCUAGUGAUUCUAGAAAUGUGUAUAGACGAGACAGACAACUGGCAGGUCCAUCUCAAUGCCGCAAUUAGCAUGGUGGCAGGUGUCGAUGGUGUGCGUCAAAGAACACCAAUAUCAGAGCCAGACCCAUUCGCUACGAUGAAUUAUGGAUGGGAUAGUUUCGAAGAUGAAUUAUAUCCCGAACAUCCUUUACUUCAACAGCAAAGUUCCAUGAAUGCCUUGAUUGCUAUCGCAAUUUACUUGGACGUGGUUUCCUGCGUCACCAUGGGCAGGCCGCCUCGUUUGCUCAAAAUUGUCCAAAAUAUCACCUGUUUGAGUCCAAUCAACCAAGAUAUUCGAAACAUGUUCGGUCAGGAAUACUGGGUUAUUUUGCUUAUAGGCGAAAUAGCGGCACUUCCAAACCCGAUUCCUGUUCUAGUACCAUUUGAUGGAACUAUCGCAAAUUCCUUCAAUAGUGUAUCUGAUGCACAAAUCAGAUCCGCUCUUCACGGCUGGGUACAAGAAAAUGGCCCAUCCAUCGAACAAUUGCAGUGCUCGGAUGAGUACACUCUUUCGGCCUCUACGUCGAUUCGUGUCACGACUUACCUGUAUACGCUUGCUGGCAUUAUAUACUUUCAUCUAACGACUAAGGGCGUCGACGAGAGCUCCGAGGAGGUUCGUACCUGCGUAAGGUCGUUUAUAAAAGCAUUCGGCCUGACCAGACAUACAUCUACGCCUCAGAACUUGAUCUGGGCUAUUUAUGUUACUGGGUCAGUUGCUGUUGGAGAUGAGCGAACAUUUUUCCAAACCAUUCUUUCUGCUUCUGCUCCAUAUUUCUCGAUUGGGCCAUGCAAUAGAAUUUUGAAAAAGCUUGAGGAUAUUUGGGAAAAGAGUGUUGCUAGAACCCCUCUCUUCCGCUCUGAUCUUGUCAGUCCGAAUUUGUUGUUGGUUUGA